AUGGCUGACAGUGGAUCCGUCCCAGCGAAAAGAUGCGAUUCUGGCAAUCUUUCCUCUGUAAGUAUGGACACUAUUUCAGCGCUGACCGAGUUGGACGACCUGGAGAGAGUUUAUCAGCAACUCUGUGUAGAAGAGAAAGCAGUGGAGGUUGAACUUGACCGGCUGGUGGCACAGGAGGGAACCAUUCACACAAAGAUGUUGGCACUCCAAAGGAUGGGGCCCAACCUCCAGUUGAUCGGUGGAGAUGCCAGCCAGCUGUCUGGCAUGAUCACAUUCACCUGCAGCCUAGCAGAGAAUGUCAGCCGCAAAGUCCGACAGCUAGACUUGGCAAAGACACGGCUGUACAACGUCAUCCAGCGUGCCGAUGACAUCCUAGAUUUGAAGUUCUGCACCGACGGCGUCCAAACAGCUCUGCGGAAUGAAGAUUACGAACAGGCUGCUGCCCAUAUCCAUAGAUACCUUUCCCUGGAUCAGUCGGUCAUUGAGCUCAGCCGACAGGGAGAUGAAAGUAGCACGGCGGAUGCCAAUCUCCUCCUGCUGCAGGAGGCUGAGCAGAAACUGAAGGUCAUUGUGGCUGAUAAGUUGGAUGAAGCUGUGGCUGCCGUGGACCUGGCGCAGGUGGAGAGGUUUUUCAAGAUCUUCCCCUUGCUGGGCCUCCACGAGCAAGGCCUUGCCCGCUUUGGACAGUAUCUAUGCAGUCAGCUUGCUUCCAAAGCAGAAGAGAACCUGAUUUUAGCAACAGGAGGAGAUUUGGGCGAAAAAAGAGCUCCUCUCAUAUUCGCAGAUACGCUGACGUUAUUGCUCGAAGGCAUCGCUCGUGUUGUUGAGACCCAUCAGCCUAUCGUAGAGACCUAUUACGGUCCAGGCCACCUUUACACACUCAUCACUCACUUGCAGCAGGAGUGUGACCAACAGACCCAAAAGAUAGUUGACAAGUUCAUGCAGCAAAGAGGAUACCUCGGCAAAUUUCAGAUUGUCCAGAGCAGUAUGAUGAAAAGUGCGCCCGGGGAGCGGAUCGAGCCCAGAGAGUUGGACCCAGUAUUGGCCGAAGUCACUUUAAUGAAUGCGAGGGCAGAGCUUUACCUGCGAUUCUUGCGCCGACGUAUAAUGGCCGACUUUGAAGUGGGAGACCCGCAGAGCAUCACGCCAGAACAUAAUCAGAAUGUGGAGAAGCUGCUUAAACACUGCGUGCUAAGCAGGAACAUGCAGGAGCUUAUUGGAUACUACAUUCCAAUGGAGGAAUACUACAUGAGAGAGUCUGUCAACAAGGCGGUUACAAUGGACACAUAUGAGAAAGGUCUGCUGACAUCCAGCAUGGUGGAUGACUGUUUCUAUAUUGUAAAGAAGUGCAUCAGUCGAGCUCUCUCCAGCUCAAGCAUCGACUGCCUUUGCGCCAUGAUCAACCAUGCCAACUCGGUGCUCGAGUCCGACUUCAGGGAGGUGUUGUACAACAAGCUGAGGCAGGGUUUCCCUGCCACCACCCUGCAGGACAUCCAGCGCGGUGUCAGCAGUGCAGUCAGUCUGAUGCAGAGCAGCUUGCAGCAGGGCAAGUUCAACACAGAGUUCAACAUUGAGAGCGCUGAAAACGCCAAGGCUGCUUUUUUGGUAACUCUCAAUAAUGCCGAAGUGUGCAGUGAGAACAUCUCCACGUUAAAGAGGAACCUUGAGAAAGACUGCGCCAAGUUGUUCAGUCAAGGGUCGAGUUCCGGUGACCGAGCCAAGAUUGAGAGCUGCUUGUCCGACCUCGUCAGCACAUCUACAAAGUUUAAGGACCUUUUGCAGGAGGGCCUAACUGAGCUGAACACGACAGCCAUCAAGCCUCAAGUCAAACCCUGGAUCAGCGGCUUCCUGUCCAUCUCGCACAACAUAGAGGAGGAGGAGUUUAAUGACUACGAAGCAAACGACCCCUGGGUACAGCAGCUCAUUGUCAACUUGGAGCAGCUUAUGGCUGAGUUCAAGUCAACUCUCUCGCCUGUUAUCUACGACACGUUGACCAGCCUGAUGACCAGCCUGAUAGCCAUCGAGAUGGAGAAGACAGUUCUCAAGUGCUCAUUCAGCAGGCUGGGAGGCUUGCAGUUCGAUAAAGAGCUUCGUUCUCUCGUGGCCUAUCUCACCACAGUGACCACCUGGACCAUCAGGGACAAGUUUGCACGGCUCACGCAGAUGGCCACCAUCCUUAACCUGGAAAGGGUAACUGAGAUCUUGGACUACUGGGGGCCAAACUCAGGGCCCCUGACAUGGCGUCUGACUCCAGCGGAAGUGCGUCAGGUUCUUGCUCUUCGCAUUGACUUCCGGAGCGAGGAUAUCAAGAGGCUUCGACUGUGA